CUUGCCACUUCUACAUCGCCCCAUCGCAUUGAUUGUCUCUGCGAUCGCGAAACACGCCUAGUUGCUAUUGGCUCAUCGUUCGGAAGGUCAGCACCCGGUAUGUUGGUGUCUGUGCCACACGGUCUCCGUGCCACAUUGGCGAAGUUUCCAGGCGCCUAUCUAAGCAUAUCAGCGCAUGAAACUCGUUCUACAAUCUGCCGGCUUCUGGUCCAGGUUCAGUUCUUAGUGAGUGUCUUACAGUUUGGAAAAAAAGAACGGAGUUGUACAGCGCCAUGAAAUUUUUAGAGCUGCCGGGAGAGCUCUUCGACACAAUCCUACAUUUUGCCAUUAAUGCCCGUGGACUGAAACGAGGUUUGCGCUUGCGGCUGAUAAAUCAUCACUUCGCGCGAGAAAUCAUACGUGUACUCUAUACCUUUCACCUCCUUGACGAAUUGGUGUUCAACGAACCUGCUAUCCGCACUUGGGAGGAGAUAUACUUCUUCCAAUCAUAUGCUGAGUAUAGGGUACUGCACGAACCUUCAUAUGGUAAUCGAUUCUUGAACGACGUCCGAAAGGUGGCAAUCCAGAUGUUAUCUUUGAGCGCCAUUAGCGAAACUGAUGGAGGCACCAUCGAACAUGUGAUCCAUAUUCUAUGCGCAACGAAACGGCGCUCAAAACCCCUUGGACACCACUGGAAGACGGGAUUCAACUCUGCUUGCAAUUGGGAUCCGGAGGAGUACAACAAACAAUGCUUUGGUGCCGCUCUGUGUACCAAUAGGCUCUCAUACAUCCGGCGGUCUGCUACUUUGAGAGACACAAUGCUUUUCGACCUUCCCGGCCCCACCACAAGUUGUCUUUUUGGAGAAUACAAUGAGCUCGCUGGAAGGUAUGGCAACGAAGAACUACUGGAGUAUUUGAUGACGAGCGGAACUCCGGAUAUCGUCCCGAAGAUGCGAUCCAGGUUUUUCGGGUUCGCGACGAGAGCCGGCCGGAUGAAUAUCGUUCGCUUCCUGUACAACUUUCGAAGCGCAGAAUGGCCAUGGGAUUUUGAGUGUGAUGCGGAUGGGAACAGAAGACCACUAGAAAACAUUCUCGACGGCGGUCAUAAUCCUAAGGUCUGGGAUUUCGUCGAGACUAUGCGCAUUGCCAAAGGAUUACCACCGGCAUCAUAUGAUACCGUUGACAUCAAACUCUACAACUGCGCAAAAAUCGGCUACCUAGACAUCGUGUCGCACCUCGUACGAAUCGGUGAGUAUGCCAAUGGAGAUCGAACUAGCAUCCUCCAUAUAGCCGUCAAGUACGCUAGCGAACGCGGCCAUGUAGCUAUUGUACAGCUUCUUUUAGACAAUGGUGCGAAUCCAAACAUCACUCUCGAAGGUGCAGCGCGCCGCGGUCACGGGAAGCUCGUGCAAAUACUGCUGGACCGCGGAGUCAACCCCAGCGAGGCACUUGUCGAUGCAGGAAGAUACUGUACAGCACACGCUAAGCUUCUGGCGAAUGUAGAAAGAGGGCCUUAUCUCGACGUAGUGCGGCUCCUUCUUGACGCCGGCGUAGACGUAAACGAAAGCAUUGGCAAGGAUAGCCCUCUCGCCGGAGCCAUCGCCGCAGAACAUACAUCACUCUUUGAGUUUCUUCUUGAACGAGGAGCGGAUCUUCAUUCUCCAGGAACAGCAGAGGAGUGUAUGCGGCGAGCGAAAAAGGAUGGACUGGAGACUAUGCUACUGCUGCUCGAAAAACAUGGCGUUGAUGUCAACGUUGGUUUGGAGGAAGCGGCUUAACGAUCCCAGCAUCCUGUAUCGUUUUCUAACAUCACAGAGGAUUUGGACGCAGUUCUUGGAUCGAGAAGUAAAUCAGAGUCGAGGGCGUAAGGCAGACGUUCGAUGGCUGGAACCAGUAUUGAUUUUGAUUCAGAGGGAAAAAAACACAUUAGAUUGUUCUCUAAGCUUUUGAUCAGCUCACAAAGAGCCCAGGUAUUUUGGAGAACUUGAGUUUCAGGAAGGAUAGGUUUCUUUAUAGGCAACACAAAGCAUACGACUGUACUCCACUGAUCUCGGAGACGUCUCUGUCAUGCUGCGCUCCAUGGCAAGGUUUAGAUAGUAUAUGCCAAAGCUCUUCGCUUCUCCAUGUCCACGUGCAUGACGCCUUUUGAGUUUUAGAAGGCGGUUCUU